AUGGAAUUGGGGGGAUCUACAGGACCUAUUGCACUGUCAGUCAAUUUAAAACACACUUCCUUCUUAUUACUCCUCAGUUUUUACCAGAGAUUCUUGGAGCAGGAGACGGAACAAAGGAAGGCCUUGUGUUGUUUGGUGAGCCUUGGUCAGAGGGUGACCUUUGCUAACAAGCGGAUCGAUACCAUCCACGGGUUACUCGCUCGGAAGGAUGCACUCUUCCGGCUGCAGCUGCAGGAGAAGAGCGGAGACGGAGGAUCGGACACUGGCAGGUGCUCCCACGGGGAUCUGGAGAAAGAGCUGGAGCUGCUGAACAGGGAACGGGACCAGUUAGCAGCUGAGCUGAAGAAGAACUCCCAGCUGAUCGAGAAGAAGGUUACUGAGGCCAGGCUAAAAUUUGACACUGAUUUAAAGGAUCACCUGGUAGUGAUGGGCCAGUUGGAGGAAGCUUUGACAGAGAAGACUCAGUGCCAGCAGAGACUGACCGAGAAACUGAGCGAGAGUCAGAAGCAGCUUGCAGACAGUCAAGAAGCUGCGGAGACCCUGCGGAUCGAACUGGGCCGGCAGCAGCAGAAAUAUGAACAAGCUCUCGCAGAGAAAGUGGCAGAAGCAGAGCAGCGGCUGGCCGAGCAACUGUCCAAGAUGGAGAAACGUCUCAACGAGGCCCGGAGGGAGCACACCAAGGCUGUCGUCGCCCUCCGUCAAACUGACAGGCAGGCAGCCCGGGACAAAGAGCGAAUGCAGGCAUGUGAAAAGUUACACGAAGAGCAGCACCAGAGGGAAAUCCAGCAACUCAGUACCAAGCUGCAUGAACUGGAGAGGGACAGGAACCUUCUGGUGGCCACACUCAGGCAGGAAGGGUUACUCAGCCAGUUCAGGAAAAGCCGAACUGUGGCUAUCCAGUCCAUAGCCGCCCUGCCUGACGAAGAGGAGCUGGCCAGGCCGUUACCAGACUCGCAGGCCUCAAAAACCAGCAGCCGGGCCCAGAAGAAGGCUUCCCUUGCUGAGGUUCUCAAUGAGCUGGAGGUCCUGAGUGCUGCUGUGAUUGGGGAUCAGGAGGAUGGAGACACAAACGAGGAAGAGGAGAGCGAGUAAGAAAAGGAAUGUGCAGUCUACUGGUCAGCCUUGUGGAAGGAACAACAGCAUCCAGUUCACCUCCGAUAAUUCAGUGUUUAAUUACAAGAAUGCAUGAAAAACAGGAAUCAGCAGUGCUCAUCCCUAUUAUAUUCCAUAUUAAGGCAAAAUAUUGUGGAUGAUGGAAAUCUGAAAUAAGAACAAAAAAAAAUACUGGAUCAACGUCAAUAGGUCUGGCAGCAUUUGUGGAGACAAAGUGGAGUUAACAUUUCAGGUCAUUGACCUUUCUUCAGAGCAGUUCGGUCUUGACAUCAGCUUACUCCUCAGGUCUCUACCCACAGUCUCUGGAUCAUAACCAACUGAACUUUCAGCAAAGUGUGGUCAAAGUGUAGUUGGGAAGGUGUGUGUUUGAUGUUCACCUGUUUAAGGAAGUGAAAAUAAAUACCCAACAUUCAAUACCAAAGAGCACUGUGAAUUUUAAAUGGUUUGGUUGAAUUUCAUUUUCAGUGUUUCUUUGCAGACAAGUUCUCAAAUUCUUCAGUUGUAUCCUUGUAAACUGUACAUUGUUUAUAUUUAUUUUUUUACUGGAAAAAUGUUUUGUAUUAAUAAAUAAAAAUGACUUUUUAAAAUCAA